UGAAACAGCGGAUAAAGUUGAUACUUUUAUAAGAAAAUUGGAAUUUAUUGUGUAUGUUUUGUCAUGGUGGAUGCAAUGGAAGAAAUAUAAGCAAGAAAUGCCACGAAUCCCUUUUCGGUGAAAUUGUUCAAAACGUUUCACGGUGUGUAUAUGUGCUUGUUUUAUAUCGCGUGGAUUAAAACCUUGAUCUGUGACAGAGUUAAACAUCAAUGAAGGAGGACGUAAUGGCUUGUUUUGGUAGCAGUUGCUAUGGUAAUGCCUACCCUUAUUAUGAUUGCCCAGAAGAAGCGAGGCUUGCGAAGAUGAGGAACAAGCAAAUCACUAAAGUACUUAAAGAUUAUCAAAGACAGGAAAUGAAAAAGUUAAAAAUACUCUUAUUAGGAACGGGUGAAUCAGGGAAAAGUACUAUUACCAAACAGAUGAAGAUCAUACAUAUCAACGGAUUUGAAACGAGUUUUUUAGAUAACUUGACCGAGAUACGUCAAGCGGACUAUAUACCGUCGGACCAGGAUAUUCUCCGCUGUAGAGUGUUAACUACUAGUAUUCCAAUAGAAUUUGAGGUUAAAAAUGUGGCCCAUCCUGUUCAUUUAAUAGUCGUGCGUCCGGUGUCCGAUGAACGUUGCCUUCCACUGUCGAUCUUUGCUUUCAUUAUUUUGUAUUCUUUUUUUUCCAGAUUUUUAAAGAACGUGUCAAUUCUUCUUUUUAUGAAUAAAAUGGAUAUGUUGGCAGAAAAAGUACAGAAAGGUCGCCAUGUUAGCUGUCUCACAGACAAAUACCCAGAUUUGUUUCCCAGCUACGAAAAGUUUACACCAUCAAAUUCUGAAAAGCUGGAGUUUGCCGAUGCGUACCAUAGACCGGAAAGUGACGGAAAAAGACGAAGAGGAUCCCGAUCAGGAUCAAAAUCAGCCGAUAUUAAUCAGGACCUGAUAAAAAAUGCAGUUUACAUUAAGCAUCUAUUUAUGAAAAUUGUGAAAGGAGAUAUCGUGUUGAAACCUUCGGUACAGGUAAUCAAUAAGGAUUGGCACCAAAACCACAGCUGCGAAUAUUUCUACACAUGCGCAGUUGACACCAAUAAUAUUCAGAGAGUUUUGGAUGGUUGUCGAACUUUGAUCAUUCGCAAACAUUUAGAACGUUUCGGGAUUAUCUAAAAUAAAAGCGGGGAACGCGUGAAACUAAUGUUCAGAAUUUAUAAAGAUCUGAUUGUUAACAGGUUUGGUUCAUUUAAACAUACAUCGAAACGUGAUCAAGUGGACAUUGUUAUAUUAGCAUGCAAUGAUUCCCUUACCAAUGCUGACUGCAAAAAUGAUAAAGGUAAUAAAACUCCUAAAAUGAGCCCAAAAUUAAAAAAGGACGGCUUGAAAAGUGAGAUUUUAUGUUAGAGUUCCAUGAUGUUUUCGAGAUAACAGCGCGCUGAUUGGCUAAUAUGUACUGAUGCAAUGGUUGGCUUAUGUAUACGAAAUGCUGAUUGGCUAAUGUGUAUAUUGAAGAUAAUGGCAACGUUCUGAUUGGUCAGUGAAUGAUAAAGUAGACCAAUGAUUAAUGAGUGUUUAGCUUUGAGCAUACUACAUGUACAUACAUUUACAUUUUUUUUAACCCAAAUAAUCAACAAUUCGGAAUAGAUAACUUUACACGUGUGAGAAGCAUGUUCCGCAAUUUGAAUUUUGGAAUAUUCCAUAAUUGUUCUUAAAGAAUUUCUGGAAGGAUAUAACAAAAUAAUUUUAACGCUCAAUUUUGAACCUGCAAUUUAACAUGAUCGUGCCUAGUGAAAUAGUAACACUUUGUUGGCAAUCAUGAUAAUUUCACAUUUAUCGUUAUACUCGGCAGUGAAAUCGUGGAAAAUUCCUCUUUUCUGUCGUCGGUAGUUUCGUAUAACACGGUGCCUAGACAUCUUAAGCUGUUAUAAAUAAGUCACGAAUAAGUGAUACUUAGAAUAUGAAAGAGACUGUGAAAUUAAGUGUGGACUUGUUGAGUUCCUACGAGGAUUUUGUGUUAUAUUCAUUCCGUUUGCAGUGCUCACUGAUAGUUUCGUGGCAAUACACGUGGACAGAUCGUGUACAGUUAUUCUUUUGCUUUUCAUCUGGAACGCUGUCGGCGGAGAUUGUAUAUAUGUAAAAGUUAUUAAGUAUGUAAUGAGACUGACAGUCGAUGUGUAUAAUAUACCUUAGGUUUGCGUCAUAUCGCAUGUCGUUUGAGGUAAUACUCAUUUUCCGGCAUUUCUCGGCAUUUCCCGUCUGUUUCCGUGUCGGCGUUGAUUUGUUAUAUCAUAACACAAAAUCUAUCAAUUCAACGGUUUCUAUACAGAAAUUCAAUAGCAAUGCAUUAUUCAGAGCUUUAAGUUUAGACGUAUAAUCACGUGAUCUCGUUUGCUAAAUAAUGUAGAAAAACAUAUUUGUAGCAUGAACAAGAGUUGUUCAAGUGAUGGACAUUAUAUCAUUUGUUCUUACCUACAGUGUGUGAUGUAGCAAACAAUAUCCAUUCUUUACUUUUCAGAAGAAUUGAUUAUGAUUAUGAAAUUAUAUGAAUGUACUUUUUCGUCCAUUUUUAUUUAUUUUUCUAAGUAAAGAACUGACUCGAAUCGGGAACCUCCCGAUACUGCUUAAAAUUAAGAACAAAAAUCAAUAUUUGAUAUUGUAAAUUGAAACUUUCUUUUCUUAAUGUUGAAUUCCUGAGGUGUUUAACUUUCUUUCAUUUUUAAUUAUGGAGCUUUUUACCAAUACAAUACAUUCUUUUUAUUUGGUUUCAACAU